AUGGGUAUGGGCACUCCGGGUGGAACGCAACGUAAAAUAGCUGAAGAGCACGCACAGGCUGAUGUGUCUUCGUGUGAUCAGAAGGAAUGGUCUACUGAAUGUAUGUACACCAGAGAACCUAGUCCACAGGAUGUGCCACAGCGAGGAGAACUGGAAAGCAGUGUCAACCGCGACCUCCCAGAUCGCGGGAAUCUUGCAGCGGAAUUGGAGUGCAGAACAACAGGCAGCUGCGACCGCCGGACCCUUAAGAGGGAUCAGCGAACAAGCCCACAGUCACAGCCACAGCCACAGCCACAGCCACAGCCACAGCCACAGCCACAGCCACAGCCACAGCCACAGCCACAGCCACAGCCACAGCCACAGCCACAGCCACAGCCACAGCCACAGCCACAGCCACAGCCACAGACACAGCCACAGACACAGUUAACCAUACCAAAAGUAAACGUAUAA